ACUGUUGGUCCCAGUAUGGCAGUGAUAAUGGUCAAGUUUGAAGAAAGCCAGACCGAGUUGUAAGAGAAAGCGUGUUGAUCGCCAUGAAUGGCAUGAUGUUGAUGACCGCAGACUGGAGGACUGAGCCAACUGAACUGAACUGCGUGUUGGAUAUUAUUUGAACAUCCAUUCAAACGCCGAAUGGAAAUGUAGUGCGUGGCUAGAUGGUCAACAGAUCUAAAUCGUUGCCUAACGUAACAAUAGCGCACGUGUCUGGUUGUUCUACGGUUUCCGUGCAGUUCCGUUCGGUACCUGUAUGGUCCACGAGUAUGCGACAGUGGACUGGAAAUUUCGGACAGGGGACGAGUGACCACUAGCACUGCUAGCGAGCUCUGUGGCCAAUGACGUGGCCAUGGUUGCCAGCGAUUAUUACAGUGAGUGAAAGCAGAAAGGAUAGUCCAGGAGCAGAAGCCUCUUGAGGAGCUUGGCAGGGAUGAAAAAACACGUUCACAAGGUUCACCACGAGUGGACUGCGCCGAUCAGCAUCUCUGGGCUGUACUGUCACCCGGUCGAGCAUUACCUCUCCAACAUAUUGCCCGUAAUGGCUGGCCCAGUGCUACUCGAAUCUCAUGUAUGCUGCUGCUGCUGUGGGCCUGCAUCUCGCUGGCCUCCGUGUCCGUCGAACACUGCGGCUUCCGCCUGCCAUUCAUGCCUUCCAACGAGUACCACGACUACCAUCACGCAAAGAAUCUUUGAUUUUCUGUAUGGCACGGACAGUCGCUUCCGUAAAUCAAAGUCAUACGAGCGCCACCCCAUGCUACUUGGCACCACCCCAGCCAACGUUCUGAUUCCGGACGAACCGAAGAAAUGCCAGUAA